AUCGACGAGUGUGGCUCGCGUCUUUGUUCGUUCUUCGUUGUUUCUAAUAUUUUUGUCACCAGUGACUGUUCGUAUUUGUUAAUUCGAUGACCGAGAACGUCGCGAACGUUCAUUGCCCGUUUCAUCGACAAAAUUCGUAAUUUACACGCACCGUCGUCCGUGAAUUGAAACCUUGUUCGUUGAUCGUUCGUUCGUUCGUUCGUUGAAAGAUGAUGCGUGGUCGGUAAUGUCGCUGAUUGACAAUUACUGUUCGGGUAAACGGGUUGGCAAUGAUCGCCGUUAAAGCUUGCAGGUCGGUACUCGAGAAAUGCGAGCGUUGACGCGUACGCAGAACGAAUUUACGCGCGAUCAGCGAUUUUGCGCGAAAGAGCGCGAACUACGAUCUCGUUGGUCGGCUGGUGACGGGUAAAACGAGACGGCGUGGCGUCUAUAUCGGCGAACAGUGUAGUUACGUCUCGCGUACGGAUUGAAACGCGAGCGAGUGGUUGCUGGAGAGUGGUAAGAGAGGCGGGAUGAGUGCGAGAGAAGUCACCCUCGUCGGCGGUUCCCCUUGGGGAUUCCGUAUGCAUGGUGGGCAUGACCUGCAUCAACCCCUACGCAUCUCUAGGGUUAAUCCAGGCAGCAAAGCAGCUCAACAGGGGGUGAGAGAGGGUGAUUUAAUUAGUAGCAUAAAUGGAAGAACUACCCGGGAUUUAACGAACAGCGAAGCACAUGCACUCUUACGAAACGCCGGCGAAUACUUGAAGCUCGGUUUGAAUCAGGAAAAUAUUGGCUCUCCGAAAAGACGAAUUUAUAGAAGUAGUCUGCAGGAAAAUACAACCGAAAUUCUCAGCAAGGCGACGACAACGAAAACUACGACUACGUCGAAUACUCGCAUCGUAACGACAGAUUCAAAGAAGAACGAAACAAAUGACGCAAAACCUGACCAUAGCUACGCAAAUCAAAACGGUGGCCCGAAGAGUUCCUUGAUCCAGCAACGAGACGAAACCAAGAAAAGAUUCACCGAAUCCUUGGAGUACGCGACAGACACCGAAGAAGCUAGCAUGCCGCACGGCGCGCGAAAUCGCAGGAGUCGCAAGGGUCGGAACAACAAAAGACGCGUUCAGAGACAGCGGACACCCGGCAGAGUUACGAGCGACAACGAGACCAUCGUCGAAAGUCCAGAGAGUAUCGACAUUGAGCGCGAGGAGGAGGUGACCGAGGGAGACGCGAAGACGAACGACUCCGAGGACACGGGGAACGCAGACGUGCAGGGACGAGGCGAAACUCACGAUCGGAAAGUGCCGGAGAGUGUCGAGGACAAUGAGAGGAACGCCAUCGCCACGAAGGAGGUGGCAAGAGUUUCUCAGAGGUCUCAGGAGAAGUGUAGAAUCGAGAUGGGCAUUGUGCAGCCGGGCAUCAAGAUCAUGAGGAUCACGACGAUCAGUAGCUCGCCGUUGGAGGCAAAGAUCGAUCACAUUCCCGGUGUUGGUAUCGUGGAGAGUGGCAGCAAGGCCGAGAUAACGAGGAACGAGGCUAUCGUGACCAUUUCCGAGCCGGUGGACUCGUUCUCUCCCGCAGCAAUCAGAGCUGAUAAGAGAAACGACUCGAACGAGGAGCCCUCGUUGGCUGGAAGCAACGAGAGGCUGCAGAUCCGCGACGUCAGCGACUGCGACACGGUGGAGACCGAUAACGCGAGACCGGUGAUCGUCGAAAUGGAGUCGGACGUUGAAAGGGAAAGGACGUGGUCUCGGGCGGGUUUCGAGCCGUAUUUCGGCGAGGGCGGCGCGUCGACGCGAGCUCCUGCGGAGGCGAGACACGCGUGGGACAGCGUGAUGCCGCGCGAGGUGGAGAGGAAGCUGCGGAGCUUCAUCGAGGGUCUAAAAUUGCCGACAUACGCGGAGGACGUGGAGGAAUUGGCGAGAGCGGCGACAGGCCGCGGCCGGAUCAGUGGCUCGCCGCGCAAGAAGUCGGAAAGGAGGAAACGCGCCGCUUUCGAGGCGCAGCACGCGCACUGCCAGGCGGCUAACAGGUUCUUGGACAUCAUUCAAGAGGAGGGCGAGAAACUGUCGGAGGACGAGGAGCAGCACAUCAGGGAUUUUAUUAACGAGGAGAUCGGCAAGUACCGGCGAGAGAGGCGUUCUUCCAACUUUGAAGAGGCGAGACAGGAGGUGAGGGUAGAGCACAGAGUGAAGAUAAAUGUGAUAGACGCGGAGGAAGAAAUGUCUGGGAGAGACGCGGAGGAGACUGUAAAGCCGGACGGAGCGGAAACCGAGUGUGAAAGCAGAGAAACGAUGGGAGAAUCGAGGCUGAUUGGCGAAGAGGGUUCGGGGGUGGAGAAUUUGAAUUUGAAAGAGAGCGACGAUACGCGAGAUUCGGAGAGAGAAGGAGAGGAUGUUAACGUUAAAGAUGGGGUUAUCGUUGAGGAUGAAUCGGUCGAGGGUAGUGGAUCAUUUAAAAUAGAGGAGCUGGAGGGAAGCACAGAGGGAGGAGACAACGUUGGAGAGGUCGAAGAAGUGGAAAGUGAAGUAUUGAUAACGAGCAAUGGCAGUGGUGGAAGCCGAAGUGAUUCCGAGUUGAAUACGAAAGGUGAAACGAACGGACGAAUAUUAACCAAACACGCAAGUAAAUUAGACGAAAGCGCGAUUGACGAUGUUGAGUCGAUGGAAGGCAGUGAAGAAAAGGUGGCACUUGUUCGAGACGACGCCGCUUCGACGGAACAGUUGAAGCAAUCGGACGUCUCCGAGAGUUCGAACGUCAGCGAACGUUGCACGAUAAUCGAGAUCCGAGAGAACGGGGAAGAAAAAUUAGAAUCGGAGAGAAAUCAAGAUCCUUCAGACGUAAUGUCCGCAGAAGUGAAGAUUGAACGAUCGGGAACGAAUGGUGAGAGUACAACUUUGACAAACGAGACGUUAAUUGAAGAGACUGUAAAGGAAGAAGAAUUGGAUUUAGGAAAUCCCGAGGCGAUCGAAAAUGAAAAUCCCGCAAAAUCUGCGGAAAUUAGCGGUGAAUCGUCGCACGAGGAAUUAUCACGCGAAAGUGAAACGAAAUCCGAAGAGAACGGUGAAAAUGAAAUAAAAUCUGCAAAAGUUGAAGAAGACUCACUGCACGAAAGUGAAACAAAAUCUAGAGAAAUCAAGGAAAAGCUACCAGUAGAGAGUGAAACAAAGUCGGCAAAAUUGCUCGAAGAAACGGGAACGAAGCCUACGGCAGUUGAUAAAGAAUCAUCGCAAGAAAAUGAAAGGAAAUCUGUAGAAAUCAAGGAGGAAUCACUGAAAAGGGAAGAAUCGGCAAAAAUCGAUGAGGAAUUGAUUCAAGAGGAAGAAGUCGUUGGAGAAUCGUGGAAAGAAAGAGAAUCAAAGUCUACAGAAAGCAAGGAAGAAUCGGUGCAAGAGAGAGAGACAAAAUCAGCAAAAGUCGACGAAGAGUCGCUUCGAGAGGAAGAAACGAAACGUACGGUGCUCGACGAAGACUCGUCACUGGCAAAAGAAGCGAAAUCCGAAGCAAAAGUCGACGAAAAAUCGUCGCAGGAGAUUGAAACGAAACCUACGGAAGCCAGUCAAGGAUCGUCGGGAUCCAGAGAGAACGUACGAAAUGAAAGAUUUGCCAAGCCAGCGGACAUUAAUAUCUCUGAAUCACGUGUAACGAAAUUUGCAAGCACUGAGUCAUCGACGGUGAGGUCCUUCUCCGCAGAGUGUGAGCGUUCGAAAAUCGUAGAAUCUCAAGUAAACGGUGUCGACAGGGUGACGAAAGAGAAACCUCGUCCUCCGGCACCGCCGAAACGAUCCUCCAGCCUGUCGAGCGUCGAUCUUCAGGACAAAACAAUCUAUUCCCCACCUUCGUUUCGUCGUAGAAAAGAAGCUGCAGAGUUUGACGAUCCGCCCACUCGUCCACCUCUUCCGAAAGGAAACCUCGCCGCAACCGAUGCAUCAUCGUUCGCGCAACCUCGCGGCGUAGAUCCUUCGGAGGCGAGGGCAAACAUUGGCAGACUGGGGACACUAUUGACGUUAAUAUCGCGCGGUGACGCGACCGUCGAAAAUAUUCGCGACGCCUUGAGCAACGUGGACCACACGGCUCUGCCCGCGAACGUACGCAAGAUAAUCGAUGAUCUAAGGGCGUACGGGAGGGGCGCUUGUCCCGAGAGUGACAGCAUCGCCGAAUUGCGCAAUUACGUUGAGAACGGCGUCGGGCUUGGCAAUGGAGCAACUCCUGAAAUAACGCGCGGCCACUCGGAUCGAAGAGAGACGCGCGAAAAAUCGCCGGUGUCCGAGUCGUCUAAACAAUUCGUGGCUCGUGUGCCGCCGGUCGAGCGAAUAGUGAAAGUGGUUAUGGAACCCGGCGCGGACCGGACGACAGUCUCAAAAUCUGGCAAGAUUGGAGGAACGUUGGGAGAAGGGAGGGUUAGACAGACGUUGCAUCAUGCUCGCGAGAAGGUAAUCAAGAGCGAAGCGUCAACAACGAGCACGAGGACGACCGAAACGGAGGAGAGGAGGUCGCGCGACGGCGAAGUUGAAAGCUCGAAAGACACGAGAGAGUUGACGACCAGCGAGGAUGAGUUCGAGGAGAUAUACAAGUGUUCCACUUUGGCCGACAACGACGAGCCGCUGUCUUACACGCGUAAAUCCUGCGAGAGCCCGUCCAAGAUGUUGGACGCUAUUCUAAAUACGCAGCGCGAACUUUCCACGGAUAAGGAGAAGCUCGAGACGGAUUGCCAGGUCCACGACUCGUCCAGCAGCGCGACAACCUUGAGCACGGUGAGGUACAGUCCGAUGGACGCCUGGCAGGCGGAUGUUUACUCGAUAAUAGCGGAAGAAGCGAGGAAGAGCGAGCUGAAGCGGCAGUCGGAGGAGAGGGUCGAGUCGUCGAGCUUGAAAAGCAAACUUCCCAUUCUGAAAGGAGACGAGUCUUUGCAUGGCGCGACCAACGGGCACGACGAGGUCCCGGUGACGCCUGAACCUAUACCAUAUUCGCCCGUCGAGGAUUUGUAUUACGUGCCUGUCGAGAGCGGGACGAAUUACGCGAACGAUCGGGAGGAUGAGGCUGUCAACGGGCCAGGCUCCCUGAAAGACCUUUGCAUAAAGAGAAUCUUGUCGAUGCCGUACGGCCUUUACGUGAUCAACGAGAUCACGGUGCCCGAGUUCGACGUCUUCGAAAGCCUGCGAUCCGUCCCGGUGUUUGCUAACAACGUAACGAGCGAUGAGAUUAGAGGCGUUCCAUUAAACACGCAUGGAGUGAACGAACGGCUGGCUGAAAGAGCUAGACUAACGACAGCUUCGCCGGGAUCAAAGCGUCCUGACGCGCGCGAAACCGCUGUUUCAGACCAGGGUAAAUCAGAGCAAUUAGAACAGAGGGAGCGACGCGAUCCGAGCAUGGCCAGAGACAGCUCGGGAACGUGGGUCGGUUUGUCGACGACCAAGGACCCGAGGUUGCUCGUCUGUUUGUCACCGUCGCAGCAGAAAACCACGAUAAAAACGAGCGCCGACGAUUUGCUGGAUCUGCACAGCAAGUUCCUGAACAGGCACAGCUACUUCGACGAGGAACCGCCACGGCGAGUACCCGUUCCCAAGUAUCGAGUCGAGUUGCUGCCCGUUGGCGACGACCACGCGAAACAGAUCGACCGAAAGUCGACCACGACGAGUAGACUGUUGGCGAUUAUCAAGGAAAAUUCCGACAGUUCGAAACGUUCGCGUAGCGCGAGGCCAAAGUCGCGGAACGAGACGAGAGUGAAGUUCGACGAGUCGAGUCGUUCCGACUCUAGAUCGUCACACGCGAGGUCGAACACGGUCGACAAGGGUCGCGAGCGGCUCAAAGUCACUCGGUUGUGCGACUGGUUGAACCUGGCGAGACGCGAGCCGAUGUACGACAGAUCGCUCUCCGAUGAUUUAUUAAUAGAACCGUCGGCUGAGGGACGAGAGUUUGAUAAGAGACGAAUUCGUGGCAGCGUUCGCGCGGAGGUUGCGAAACAACCAAUGAGAGAGAGUAUCGGUGGGAAACGAGCAACGCCAGUUCACUUUAUCACCGCUGGCUCGGUCGCGAGUCCACCGGACAGGCCGGAGCCACCGGCUAGAAGCUCCACGCCUUUCAACAGGAGCCCGAUCACGUUUAACAGCGCUAUAAUCGACAACUCGAUCGCCUCGACGCCAGACACCGCUGGCAAGAAGACACCGCCAACGCGUAGAGCGGUCGACUCACGUUACAACGUGAAUCCAGCGUUGAUCGACGACAGAGUGGAAGUGCCACCGCGGGUGAAACGCGUGGUCAACGUGGACAAAUCGUGCAUCGACACGACGAGCAUCUUCGAUAAGAAUCCACCGAGGAGUCACCUGGAGCCACGACGAUACAAGAAUAAGGAAGAGGAAGAGGAGGAGGAGGAGGAUGCGAAACACGUGGCGGCCACGGAGAUCAUGCAGAAUCUGAAGAAAUUGCAAAACGAGGCGGAGGAUCGAUUGGAAAGUCUUGGGAAGUAUUCACUGUCGCAGGAGUACUUUGCCCAGCAGUUGAAGUACAUCGAGCUGCUGGAGAAUCAGUUGAAGAACGUGAUAUUAGCCGAAGAGGAGGAGAAGGAGGCGUUCGAGGAAUUCCAGGCUGACGCGAGGCAACGCGAGGAUGAGCGAAAGAGGAGGGCCACCGCCCCGGAUAAACCUUUCGAUCCGGCUGGGGGAAACGUUUCUGGAGACCGAUCCAAGGACGACGAUUCCCGGGUGGAAAGCCAGAGCUGGCAAGAGAGGUCGGAAAACGUGGAGAAGGGUCGUUCGGAGACGAUCGACAAACACGGUCGCAGGGACUUCUCAAGGAAGGUGCGUCACGAGAACGGUCUCCGCGAGGAAGAGUCGUGCGAGGAGAUCGAGCACGUGGAACAACAUUCCGUGAUUACCAAGAGGGGGGAGGAGAAAGUCGCCGAGAAGACGAGGCGAGAGAACGGCUCUCGUGGAAAAUCGUCGGCCAAGGACGAGCGUCGUUCUCGCAAUGAAAACACGUGCUCUCGAGUGCUCGCGUCUGACGGGCGGAGGGCUUGCGUCGAAACGAAGGAGAAACCAAACGCUUCCGCGGUGGUGGUGAACGGCGAGGCGUUUCGACGGAAGAUGUACGACGAGUACGUGCACAAGGUUAUGGAGCGGGAGGAACGGAAGCAUCACAAGGUGGUGAAGAUCAGCACGCACGAGGACAUUCAACGGGCGGGUGAUAAUUGUCGUGCCAAGAGCGGCAUGAACGCCGUCGAGAGGGAGUUCAUCGAGAAGGCGAGGAACAGAUUGAACAAAUUCGGGAUUAAGUUGGACGAGAGCGAGAGCGACAAGGAAGGCGACGCUACGUGUAGAAGCGAGGGAAGAAGGCAGGAACAUGUGGUAAAGGCGAAAUGCCUGAUCGACGGGAAGGUGUUCGAGGACGCGAAAAAAUUGCCGAAGCAUCUGCAAGAGUUCCUCAAAAUGUCCGCAACGUUCGACGACGAGAACGUUAUGUUCGCUCCCACGUUUAAAGCUUCUUCCGCAACACCAGGCGUUUGGUCACCCGGAAGCGAGCCACCACCGAAGGAGCCGAGCCCCGAGCGAAAAGAAUCGGAGAAGGAUGAUGGGAUCCCUGCCGUCUGGACGCCUUCCAGCGCCGGAGCCAGUCCAGUUCCCGAGAAAAAGGAAUUUCGACCGGUGCAAUUCGAAAGCCCCAUUCUGAGCCGAAGGAAGCUAACGCAGCAAGAAGAUACACCGGACGCCCCGCCACCCUGGCAGACGGAAAUCGAAAAGAAAGAAGCAUCGCGAAGCAGUUAUGAGAGCAGCGCGCGAAUUGUCAAUUCGCACUCGGCGCCGUCGCAAGGAUUAAAUUCAUUAAGUUCAACGCCUCGUCUGCCGCGUGCUCAGAAUCCAACUAUAACAUUACUGCAGAAAGCGAGAGAGGGACAGUUGCCGAAAGGAGCAGCGUAUCUCGAGGAAAACGAAACGAUAAAACGUCCUCCGAGCGACGAAAAGCCGAUAAUUAGUCCAGGCGAGAUCAUUUACACGGUGAAGAAAGAGUACGAGAGCGAGCCGGAAACGGAAAAUGAACCGCCGAAGAAGAUGGCCGAUUUGGGUCCUCGAAAAUUCGAGGGUAUUGGCCCAACGACUAAGGAGGGUAUUCCUCUUGUUUUAAGAUCGGAAGUCAAGGAGAAUAAUCAAACGAAAUGGUACAAGAAAAUGUACGACUCGUUGCAUCGUGCAGACAGAAGCGAUGACUACGUAACCAUUCGUUACAAACAAAGAAGAGGGACGAGAUACGGUUACGGAAGUGGCAGUGGAUAUUUAAGCGAACCGGAACACCGUUUGUACUCGGAUCGCUCUGCAACGUUUGACAGUCGUCGACGUCUACGUAACAAGGAAAAUGACUUUUCCACGUCGACUAUGCCGAGAAAAAACGGUGCAUUGAGAUACACGCCGGAGGUUUAUAAAAAUCAGCCUGGACGCAUCGAGGAUUACGAGCCCGGACGAUCAUCGAUCGCCGAAAAGGAAGCCAAGGAGUGGUGGGACGAGGUCAUGGACAUAUUUGACGGGUGGUUGAACGAGAAUGGACAUCCUCAGGGUACAGAGAUGGAGGAACUCCGGGACGCACAGCUGAGCCAUCGCGCUCUGAGCCUCUCCUACCGACCGGAGAGCAGUCACAAUCCUUUCGAUCAGCGCGGUAGUCGCCCGGUGAAACCGUACAUGUCUCAUGCUCUUAAAGAAUCAGGAUACGAAAGUGAUUCUACGCUGGUGUUUCGUCGCAAGGAAGAUAUCAGCCCGUUGAGUCAACGCGAGCAAAGAUUGGCCUAUAAAACUGUUCAGAGUGGUGGUGACGUACCCCUUCAUGGCCUUCGUAAACCCGCGCCAGAACGACCGAAGGAAUACUCGAACGCACCCCCGCCGCCGCCAAAAUCUCAGCACUACAGAGACAACUGCCAAGAAUCACCGAGGCGUUAUGUGGAGGGUGAGGUGACGAUUCACUAUCGUUCACCAGUGCGUACAGAGGCGAAAGAACCAUUGAGCGAGGAAGAGCUCGCUCGUCGAAGCGCGGAGAAUAUGCGACGGGUUUACGAAGAAGAACGUCGUCGCAAAUAUCUCCAGGAGUUACACGAUAUCAAUUCACGGCGACAUACCGACAACUUUAUACCGUCGCAGAAAUCACCGAUUCCCUUGAACCGUUACGACGACUUCGUGGACGAUCUGAGCCACAGAAGCAGAUCCCAGGAGCAAACACCGGAACCUCGGCUCGUGGCAAGGGCACUUUACAACUUUAUCGGGCAAUCUUCGCGAGAAUUGAAUUUCCGUCGCGGUGACAUAAUAUUCGUGCGUCGUCAGGUAGACAAGAACUGGUACGAGGGCGAGCAUAAUGCUAUGAUUGGCCUGUUCCCAUCGAAUUACGUUGAGAUUUUGCCUUACGAUGGUAUGCGAACUACACCAAAGAAACCUUACGAGGGUCAGGCACGAGCUAAGUUCAACUUCGUCGCUCAGACGAAUCUCGAGUUAUCUCUAGCCAAAGGAGAACUUGUGGUCUUGACAAGAAGAGUCGACGAAAACUGGUACGAGGGUCGUAUUGGAAACAGAAAGGGAAUAUUUCCCAUCUCUUAUGUCGAAGUUAUCACAGAGCCUGGCCUUAGAUCAGAAACGCCAACGCAAAACAAACCAGUCGCCUCUCCAGCGGCGCACAGCCUCCUGGCAAAUGGAUCAGCCGGAGGGAAAAUGAGUAUGGGACCCCAUCACUACAUGCCGUCCAUACCAGUUAACAUUAACACAACCCAGCCACACUACAAUUCACUGCCACGGAUGGGAGGGAGCAAAUUGCAUAUUUCGCAACUUAGCGAAACAUUGCACAUCGAUACCCAUUCUGAACCAAUACCGUACCGAGCUCUCUACAAUUAUAGACCACAGAACGAAGACGAGCUCGAACUGAAGGAAGGCGACACGGUGUACGUAAUGGAGAAAUGCGACGACGGUUGGUACGUCGGUUCCAGUCAGAGGACCGGUUACUUCGGCACCUUCCCCGGAAAUUACGUGGAACGAUUGUGAGAAACGACAACGAGCCGUAUGAAACCGCAGGUUACGUUUUACCAAAGCAUUAAGAAAUCGAAUCGUUAACGUAGAUAAGUCAAGUCAUUUUGUUUCCGCACGUCGACGAUAAAGCUCAACGAGACUCGGUGUCACUCACACACACGUCUUCCUAUUCGUGAAUUUUCAUUAUUAAGAAGAAGAAACAAACGUACAUAUAAGAGGAUUGAAGAAAAACAGAAACCGAAAGAAAAGAAGGAGAAACAUGCGAACGUAUAUCGUACGAGUACGUAUUGUUAAGCAAAGAAGUGGCAAAGCUCAUCGAAACGAACUUUAUCGUCGAGAUACAACCAAAAAUUUCACGAGAAAUGAAACUUAAAACGUGUAAGGCUUCAUAAAACGUGUACGUAGUGUAUAGUAACGUAUAGUAAUUUAUUGCACGACGUUGGCGUGCGUCAGGCGGACGUUGCGAGGACAUCGGAGCAGAAAAUGAACACGACGCGAUUUUAUUAAUACGACACAGUGAACUCUCUCUUAAUCGGGGCUCAGUAUGGGACCAGCCUCUGAAUGGAUGAAAGAAUAGCCAAUUAAAAACUUCUUAUCUCAUGAUUUUCCUUUCAAUCUUCUCAGGCAGGCAAUUAAAUUCAAUCUUCUCGCAGCGUGUCGAAUGGCGAGUCGCAGUGUUGGUGUGUUCAUCGGUCUUCGAUUUGAGGGAUUUAAACGUGAAACUCGAACUCGAAUUUCACCGAGUUACAAUUUGUCUUUUGAAUUCUAUUCAAAUUGAGAGUGUAACUUGCAUCGAUGUAACAAGGCAGGAGAUUAAUCCGAUAGUAUAAUUCGACGUUCGUAUCGUUCGUGUUAGCUUCGUGUGUAUGAAAUUUUGUUCUUCAAACAUAAUCUCCCCCGUUCGCAUAGUCCAAAUUUUCAAACUCCUCUCGAAUCCCAAAAGAAUAUAAAUUUAGAAUGUGUAAAUUUCAAAAUUUUGAAAGUACAAAUUUAUAAAUUCGUAAAGUUAGAUUUCGUAAAUUUCAAAGUUUUGAAGUACAAAUUUAUACAUUCGUAAAGUUAGAUAUGGAAGUAUCUUUCGAUUUGAACAAAUGUCUGGACGAAGUGGAGGAUGUGUUUAAUUAAUCUCCUACAAAUUCACGUUUCGCAUUUCAAGUUUAUGUUUAAACAUAAACUCACAGGAAUGCUCUGAUUAUUGGCGGCAAAAUUAAAAAUGAGGUUUCGACGUUUUUCUUGCAAAUCUUCUUUAAUCUCUUGCCACGCACGUCGAGAACUUUUUGCCCCAAAUUUGCAACACUUUCUCAGUUUUAAGUAUAUUUAAAUGUA